AUGUCGACGCUUCUUCAACAAUCCUUUCGUGGUAAGAAGCUACCACCAGUGCCGGCUGGAGCUUCUAUGUACCACCAUGACCCUCUUUUAUAUGUUGAACGUCAGACAAAACACAUACAACGCAAUCUCCAAGUCCUAAUCGAUGCUCAAAGCGAAGGCCUUCUAUCUGUUCUCGCUGGGCCUCAGGGAAAUGAUAUCUCCACCGGAAUUUUGACUCCAACAUUAUCAUCUAAUGCGAGUCGAUCACAGUCCCCUUCCACGGUGCCUCCCAGGCAGCCCGCGCCCAAGAAAAUCGGGCUUCGGGCUGCCCGAGAAGGCAUAUUUCAAUCAAUAUAUGAUCUACUGAAGUUACGAGAAGAAGAACGAGAGAUUCUCACAUCUCAGACCAACGAAAGGGACAACGCGCUGCAUGAUAUCCAAAGCUUCCUCUCGAGAAGAAAUGGUCUAGAAGACGCUAUUACUACUAUACAUGGAGAUGAGGAGAGCCGACGUUCAAAGCAACUAGAAGAAGAGGCUCGGAACCUCGAGACUGACAUUCAUGAAUUGGAGACCAGGCUGUAUGAGAUGAAAGCGAAACAUCGACAUCUUGUGAGCGAGAUAUCACACAUCAACAACUCUGUCGAGGCGAAGCUUUCUUCUUAUACUGAAUCUUUGUCUUUACUCGACUCCGACAUCCAAAACUACCUCCGUGACCCUCCUAUUCAACCGUUAUCCCAAAGCUCAAGCGAAUCCACCUUUCACUCUUUGAAUCCCAAGCGUCGCACACUUGACAUGGCCCAGGAGCAUUGGAACACCGAACAGGUCGGGUUGCACAGUAGGCAACAGAAAGUGGAUGCGGAAAUACUGGCACUGGAAGAAGGAGGCGGAGUAUGGAAACAAGCGGUAUCCGAUGUCACUGGCUUUGAGAAGCGCUUACAAGCCAACAUGCGACAUUAUGUUGAGAUGACCACGUCAACGACCGAGUCAGAGGAAUCCACACUGACAGGUUACAAAGACGGGCUCGUGAGGAGUAUUCUGGAUGACUUGGAGAGAACCAUUCACCGGAUCGAAUCACAUCUGGAGCUCGCCGAGGAUAAGGACUGGAAGCUAUUAGUUUGCUGCAUUGCAGCUGAGCUAGAGGCCCUGCGAGAAGCAAGGGGCUUGCUUCUUCCCGCCUUUGGCCUCGCGGUGGAUGAAGAUGAUGCACCCCUGGACUCUACUUCUCCUAAAGAUUCUCCUCUGAUAGACCACAACUUUGAGGAGGGCCAUGAGGACUCCCGUGCGGGUCAGCUGGAAAAUGACAACCCAGAACCUCCAGCCGAUCUGCUCAAGGAUGCAGAUCAUCAUUCUGAUGCCAGGUCGGAGGAUGAUGAUGAGCCAGAUCCGUCAUGGCUGACCUGA